AUGCGUCAAACACCCACUAUAAAUAAUUCCGACUCAGAAGCUGAUUCCGAGGAUGACAUCAAUGACAGCCACCUCAAGUCGAUGUCCUCUCCCUCAUCAUUGAAGCUCACAUGUCCCAUUAAUAUAUUCCCAUCACCUUCAAGCUUCAGGCUUCAAGCUUCAAGCUUUCAAGGCUUCCCUACAGGUGCCAAUGACAUAGCAACAUCAUCUUCUCACCCGCUAUCAGCUCAAUCGGAUGAGUCAUAUACAAUCAUUCAGCUGCCGUCUUCAGUGGUUUUAACAUUGUUUGCAUUACCAUACAAAAUACAAGCCCUCGACAAUAUGGAAAUACACAGCAUGACCUGGUUAACCCUGAAUGUAACAUCUUCUCUUUCUCAGCCGAACUACACCCAUGGUCUGACUCAUUCCACCCACCCUCCGCCUUCUACUGCUCAUUCUGAACCUAUCUCAAUUUCAAAUGCUAAGAAGGAUAUAUCAGACUUGAAGGCGAGUCCCUCUAUAUUACCUUCAUAUCUGUUUCAUCAUCUUCCCACUCUACCUACAGUUCUUAGUGGAAAGAAUAUUCAAGUCCCUUCUGAGCGCAUUCCUGCUGGCAUCUACAUAUCCAUCAAUGUUGACUCCAGUAGGCACUGGAAAUCAGUCAUUAGUGUCUUAUCAUCUGAUAGAUCUGUAAUGUGGACGAAUUCUGUCGCUCUAUCAUUACACUCCUCACCUGUGUUGUCAGUGGAGAUCAGGGCGUCCUUUGAGCUUGGUCGAACGCUAGGCAGUGGAGAGCUCAUCGGUGAACUUCAGAUGUCUUGGGAUGAGCUGCUUGAUCAUGGAGAUGAGCCAUUUGAUAUAUCCUUCCCACCCGUGCGCAGUGUCCACCCUUCCCUUGAGCUGAAGGUUGCCAUUGUACACGCUUGCGAUGAUCAGGAUGAUGCACUGUUUGACUCCCUUGUAGACUGCGAGAUUGCUUGA